GUUCGACGAGUAACAUCGAACGUUUUCCAUCUUGUGCGGGACGCAAUAACUGAAAAACUAGAAUCAGUUAAAUAGAAUAUAUUUAGUGGAAAACACACAGUGUGGUUGGUGUCCGAACACCGCAUUACUCGUGUGGUGUAUGUAUGAUUGAAGUGUGACUUUUUUCCGUGCUUAGUCUAAUAAUUGGCGAAAGUUGUUAUACUGAUACCGUACAUGAGCAAAAUUGCUUUCUUCUACUGUAAACUUCCCGAGUAAUCAAGACGCAAGCGAAUAGCUCGAAGAACAAAAAAAAAAUUGUGGCAUUUUCUAGAGAUGCAAAAAUCAUUAUAGAAGGCUAUCUUAAAAGAACGACCUGCCAAAUCCACAUACACAUAAUAUCAGGCUUUAAGGACAUUAAAGUGUUGACGGGAGCUUGUUGAAAAGAGCCAACGAAACGAGAGAGAGAGAGAGAGAGUGUGUGAGAAGUGAGACUCAAGUGUGUAGAAGGAAGGAGUUUAAUCUCGGGCAGUAAAAUACAUACAACGGAGGAAAACUGACGCUAUACCGGGUUGAAGAGAUGCCCUCGCUGCAACAGACUAGUUUUAAGGAUUGGCCCAGCCCAGACAUCGCACGAUCAUUGACCGGUCCAGAUAUCCUACAGAAGCAUUCAAUCAACUCACUUCUGGAGCACAAUGAGAUUAUCAGCCGGGGGUUACCAUCUCCCAUCGAGGUAGAAAAUGUGUCAUUCUCUGAUAUUUUGGGCUCAUCACAAUCAUCGCAAUCUACCUCCACAUCAUCGUCGCUCAGUGCCAACAACAGCAGCGGCAGCAGUUCCAGCGGUUGCAAUGUAUCGUCGGGCAAAAGCGCCGGCCUCCAGCAGCAGCUUUCGUUGGCUUCCUUUUCUUCGAUUUCCUCCCUCGGAUGUCCGGACAGUGCCAGCAGCAUACUCAGUUCAAAUCUCAGCGGCCCCAAUACGACCUCGUCGCCGAUCAUCAACUCAGGCAAUCCGUUUAACUUUUCCGGGCUGCCGAUGUCCAACUCCAGCCCCAACUCUCCCGAGAUAAAUAGUGGUGGAGCUAACAACAACGGUGGCAGUGGAGGUAGAGGCGGUGGCAGCCAAUCACCUACCUAUUACGGUAGCGGCAAUGGACACUCGUUGAAAAACUACGAGGACUUUCGGUUUGAUGGUGAUAUCAACUUAUCCGGCUCGAGUUGCAUAAACAGCUUGACCCCAGAGACACUAAAACUGCUUCAACGUAACAUCGGCAGUUAUGACUGCUCUCUUCCGACAUCACCAAACACCUCCUCAACUGGGCUCUGCAGUGGAUAUUUUCGCGGAUCGCAACAGCUGAGUGAGCUCAACCAUAGCUUCGAGCCCAAUAACGGGUCUGCUCUUUUCAGCGGCAACCAAUCUCUGUCACGUUCCAAUUCCCCGCCUGACAAUGACUCAAAUCUGCUGUCCAACUUUGAUAGCACCAACAUUUUGGACAUGAUCAGUUAUCUCACCAUCAGCCAACAACAGCAGCAGCAAAACGGACAACACAACCAACAGCAUUAUAGUAAUAGUGCCAGCAACAGUAACAACAGCAACAAUCACAACCACAGCUCCCAGUAUAACCAAGUGCCGAAUUUGAGUAAUUUCUACCAGCAAUCGCAAGGAGGAUCGUCGGCCUUCGGAACUGGGAAUUCCAAUGUUCAAUCAAAUCACAACAGCAGCGGUGGUUUCUCAAAUGACUAUGAGCGACUGCAAAGUCUGCAAGCUUAUAGUACUUUGCGCCUUUUGCAGCAGUCGCAGCAACUGUCUCAAUUUCAGUUGCAACACUAUCAAUUUAAUCAACUGUUGCCCAGCUAUAACAACGCUCAGCUAAAAAAUUGGUCGCUACAGAACUCUGCAUCAUCGUCAGGCAAUAAUGGCAAUGAUAUUAAUCUCGACCGGAUUGCACGAUUUCACCGUUCAUCAGCUGCUCAUUAUGAUGCAACUUGCACGUGGAGCGGUGUACUUCCACCGCGCUCUCAUCGGUUGGUGACAUAUUCGUCUAAAAUCUUUCUCGGUGGAAUGCCUUGGGAUAUUAGCGAACAGUCAUUGGUUCAGAUUUUCAAGCCUUUUGGAUCUAUCAAAGUGGAAUGGCCCGGCAAGGAGCAACAGGCAAUACAGCCCAAAGGAUAUGUAUAUAUUAUCUUUGAAUCGGACAAGCAGGUCAAGGCCUUACUGCAGGCUUGCACUUACACGGAUGUUAAUGGUUACAAUUGUUCUAAUCGUGGUGCCAGCUCGUCUUCCACGGGAACCUUGACGUAUUCUUCAAACGGCAGUGAAGAUCAAUCGCUGGCACAGUUUCAACAACAACAACACCAACAAUCUGGACAACAGCAGCAGUUGCUACAGCAGAAUAAACUCCUCUCGCCACCGGGAGCCCGAAUUAAUUUUAAGAUUUCCUCGAAACGCAUCAAAUCCAAGGACGUCGAGGUGAUUCCUUGGAAUAUUGCGGACUCAAACUACGUAAAGUCAACCUCGCAGAAGCUAGACCCGACAAAGACUGUGUUCGUUGGAGCCUUGCACGGUCAGCUGACGGCCGAAGGAUUAGCGAAAAUUAUGAACGAUCUGUUCGAGGGCGUUGUGUACGUUGGUAUCGACACGGACAAGUACAAAUAUCCUCUCGGGUCAGCGCGUGUCACCUUCAAUAAUUCCCGCUCGUACAUGAGAGCUGUGGUGGCGGCUUUCAUCGAAAUCAAGACGGCUAAAUUUACGAAAAAGCUACAGGUAGAUCCAUACCUAGAGGACUCACUGUGCUCCAUGUGUGGUGUGCAACACGGACCAUAUUUUUGCCGGGAAAUCGUAUGCUUCAGAUAUUUCUGCAGAUCCUGCUGGCAAUUUCAACACAAUCGGGACAGUCUACUACAGAGUCACAAACCUCUCACGCGCAACUCAAAAUCGACGGCUAUCGUAGGAGUUGGCCCACAGCAGACUCCUACAGCACAACAGAAUCAUUCGCAUUCAUCAAUGACGAGUUAUCAGCACAAUCAACAGCAACAACAGCAGCAGCAGCAGCAUCAUGCUUAUCACUCGCUACACAAUUCGCCUAAAUCGCCUUCACCACCGUGUAAUAGUAGCAGCAGUAGCUCUGCCGAUUCUUCCCCGAUCUCAUGUCAUGGAUCGAAUACCAUUCACCAGCAGCUACAGCAACAGUUUGGCAGCCUCUAAACCAAGUAUUCUCAUCGUUUUUUAGUUUAUAUUUUGGCCGCCUUCGACUGCCAUAUGUCGGUUGUAGGUUCACACUGUGGUGUAGCUCAAACCGAGCUUACACCGAUUGUUGUUAUCAUAGGUGUUAUUGUUGAUUAUGAAUGUUGCAACGUUUUGUUUGUUACUCUCCACAAAACCAAUAUCCAAUACCUCAUGCGAGCACCUACUGCUUGCGAGGGAAGUCAGCACAACAGAUUGUGGUUUACACAGCCCUGAAAUACACCUUUGCGGAAUCUCUUUGGGAUAUUUCCACGAAUGAAAUUUCCUUUGUACAAAGGAAUUCCGCCAGGUGGUUGACGACGAUACGGAAACCACCGUCAUGAACGCACGUCAAUUCGUAGCAUUUCCGAUACGCACAGUGUGCUAAUUUGUUAAUAAUAGCUUGUUAUUAUUAUUUAAAUGAAUCACUAUUGUGCAACACUGCUCCCAAGUGCUGCUGUUCCCUUUCCCAAUGCUGAAUCGAAAGUAUUUUCCAACCGGGAUGGCCAACAAAAACAUGCGUAAGGAACAUGCGAGCGAAUUGACUUGAAUGGCUAUCAACGGCAAAAAUUACCACAAUCAAAUAAUUGUACUUCCUCGAGAGAGGGAAGAAACACUAGUUCUGAAUGCCCGAUACCAGUACGUUUUUGAUUACUUUGAGGCGGAAGGCUAUUUUAUUGAGAUCAGUAUAGAGAAAAAAGGAGAAAAAUGAAGAGAAAAAAAAAUUACGAGGGACAUCGCUCGUUUUAUAUACGAUUUUAAACAUAUGGAAUGCCAAGCUUGGAAGUAUUCGAAUUAACGUUUUUAUUUAGGAUGAAAAAAAACACCGCACGCUUUUGCCCAGGUCGGUUGGACACCAGAGAGCAGGUGACGGGAGAGAAUGAAUUGAUAUUUUAAAAACCUUCUAAAUAUUGUCGUUUUCGGAGGUAAUAAUUGUAAACAACAUUUGUAUUCCAUUAGUUGCAACUUUAUUUGUCGUUCAUAUUUAUUAUUUAUUUAUUACUACUGCUCAGGUAGAUUUUGUUAACAAUAGAGAGAUCGGUAGGCUCUAGAUUUGAACUUCUUGCUUUUUGUAAAAUCUUGGUAAACAAUUACCGGCGAGAAAGGGUAACACAUUAAUUCGAUCGAUAUGAUUUUGAUUGCAUUUAUGCACUAUGAAAAAUGCAUUUAUUUAUACCGGAAUUAGUUUGAACCAACGUGGGAUAGACGUUUUGUAGCUUGUUUACAUGUUAUUUAUUAUUUCCCCUAUAUAUUUUUGUAAACACACCACAAUAGUGUGGUACCUUAUUCAUAAACAUAAACAUUUUGUUCAUCAUGCACAUUCGUUUGGUUUUAUUUGUUUCAUCGUUGCACUAACCGAUUUCAUCGGGUAUUUUAAUUUUCUUUGGAAAAGGUAUAUAAUCAUUGUUGGUUUUUCAUUUCUCAUUUUAUUCGCAUUUAUUUUACACAUGGUUUUUUUAUCUAGAGCAAUUUUUUAAGUGUUGUUUUCAAUAAUUUCAAAUGUAUGCAUUUUUCAUCUACUUAUUUGACAUGGCGCUCAGUCAGAAAAAGGGAAGCGUUUUACUCAACCACUUGAUUAGCCUCUUCUUUUGUCAGGUCAGCAUUUUAAUUGAUUAUGUUGACUAUGUUUAACAGGAGAUCGUACUCAGAAAAUUUUCAUCAGCUAUUUCAAUUAGCAAAUUGAAAUCCGAUAACUGUUGUUUCAGAUCGUUUCUUCACCGAGUUCUUUUUUGCGAGAAAAAUAGACGGCAAAACGGGUUCAAAUCAGCAAAAUUUGUACAAAUAAUUUUUUCAGGAUGGUGGGAAGUCAUACGCACACCACAAGUGCGCUUAGAAUUAGGGAUACCAUCGGUCCUGAUUUAGCAGGACAUGUCCUGAUUUUUAGAUCUCGGCUUCCUGAUUUGUUUUAUUUCUAGCAUUCGUCUUGAUUUGAUUAAAAAUUCAAUUUUAUUGACCAGUUACCUUUUUUCAGGUUAUUGUGUUUGUGUUUGGGUAAAAACUUGCCAUGUUUCACAGAGAGAAAAUACAUCACAGUUACUUCAUAUUGUUUGAUUACCUAACACAUGUAGUUCUGACACUCACUUAACCAUUUGUCGAUGCAUUUCCUGUUUGUUCCACAAAUAAUUACUAUUAUAAUAUAAAAUCAUCAUUAGACACAAUUUUCGUUCAAUAUGUUUCUGCGAUAUCGGAAAAAACCUCCGAUUCCAUCAAAUAAAAUAAAUAUUCGAUACGUUAGAGUAAAUUUUCAUUCAUAAUUUUGCUUUUGAAAGCAGGUUUAUUCCACCUGAAUAUCCAUCAUUAUUCUCGCCUCCCAAUGAAAGCACACGUAGCUUAAUGCCGUCUGCUCGAAUAUACUCUUCAAAAUCAGAAUCCGAAUUUGAUUACGAAUUCCAAUAGUACAAAAGCAAAAGCAGCAGGCUUUCCAUUUUCAUAGUCUUUAUUUUUAGAUUUUCCAAAACACAUACUGAACACUAUACUGAACUUGACAGUUCAGUAUAGUUGUAUUGGUGAACCCGAGUGCCAACCCGUGAAACAUCUCAGUGCGAAACUAACAGCUUUCGGGGCGAACUAGUGCGACACUGAGUGCGAAACUGAGUGAAUAAAAAAACGUUUUGACAACAGUUAGGCGGCGGUGACACUGGAUGCAGAAAAGUGAUCGUACGAAUUUUAUGCAAUAGUGAAAGUAAACAACCACAUUGAGUUGUAUUGGUGUGGUUACAUUGCUUCCCCUUUGUUUCGUUCGAAUUCGUCAGCUUCUACCGAACAAAAUUGUUUGUUUCUAUUAGUACAAUCAAAUUUUCGUGCGUACUCCUAUCCAAAGUAACCUUAGCCUUAGUGCGGCACUGGGGUUGAAACUGAACAAAAACGAAUUCGCUAAUAGUAAACGCGAUUUCAAUGCGGUGAAACUGCGUGUGGAGUGUUUUGCCGCGAGGGAACGCAAGUGGUGGUUGCCAGACGAUUUUCAUAAAUAUCUUCACAAUCGAACUCAUCGAACGAAAAUAAAGAUUGAGUUGUUAAAUUAUUAUUUUCGUUUUGUUCGAUGAAAUAUAUAACUUUAUUCUCAUUUACAUAAUGCAUAUAAUGAAAACGUUACGUUAAGUUACGUCCUCACAACUCAACUGUUUACAAAAUGAAGACAUGUUAUCAUAUCUGGCAUCCUUGUGCUGGGUUGUUUACAUGUAGAAUGGAGUGGAAUGAAACAUCAAAAAACGCGCGAUCUAAAGCGAUCAGAGUAUGUCAUAGCACGCGAUGAACUCCAAUUAAUCGCAUCUACCGCAUUUACUAUAUCCUCGACCUAACAAAUGUAGUUCGAAUGAGCUAAUAUUUUGCAUAGGGUAUAUUAUCGUGCAAAUCAACAUUUCGCAACAAGUUCCGAAUGAAAAAUCGAGAUAACUAUUUUUAUUGGCUACAAUAUGAAAAAAACAAACAUAAAAUAAUAUUCGCAGUUAUAAACAACUUGAAUUAAACUACAGCGUAGUUCUACGUCAACAAUGCGGUCGUGUCUUGAACACAACCUCCUAUAAUUUUUUUUCGCGCUGAAAUGCAUAUAAAACAUCGAAAAAACUGAAUGGACGAUAUUUGCCUCUCCACCAAAUGCCACAGAAACGUACACGAUUUGAAAACAACUUUCAGUUCACUGUAAAAUUUGAAAUCAAUUCUUGAAAGUCCCACUUCUUGAUGAACUGUAACACAUCCAUUGCAAUCUCAUUUAUGACAUCAUUAGAAUUAAUUUCAGCGGCCUCCAAAUGUCUACGGAGUCUUGAUAUCUCUAGCAAAAGCUGCCUUUCCUAAACAUCGUAGUUUCCAGUUCGUCAAAUCGACUUUUUUAAUUCGCUGUCAGGUGUCCAGGAAUCCAGAAUAGAAUGGUCACUAGACGGCGCAAUCAUCAGUGUAGAGUUGUCAUGAGCGGUACAAUCCUCGGCUCAUGGUGAAUGAUCAGGGGGCUGCACAACCUGUAUCUGUAAACAGUGCGUGUAUGUAUUGCCGCGACUAAGUAAAAGUUUGUAGAUCGAAUAGAAGGGAUAUGAAACAGGGAUACAACGAAGGAGGCAUCAUUAAACGUUGACAUCGGCGUUUGCCAUUAUGUUUUCCAAUUUUCCCCUCAAAAAUAUUAUCUACUAUAGUUUUUUCACGCAAAUAAAAAAUUUGGGUUUUAGAGGGUUGAAGGGGUUUUUGUCGGCCGAUAGUUUGAUAGGCUUCUUAGUCAACAUGGUAUGCAUAUGCGCACAUUGCACUGAUCUAAAGGCUGAUUUAGACGAUGCCAGUCAGCGCUCUAGUUGAAGUAUGCAGUGAACAGAGAACAGACACUCUGUCUGUCUGGCAUCGUCUAAAUCAGCCUGAAGUGGUUGGGUCGGUUUUUGCACUAGCAUGCCAACCCGAUCAAACUAGCGACCGAUAAAAAGGUUGUAGUCUGAGGGGACUCUUAGAACGAUUCUGUGCACUGCAUUCAGUUAAAUAUUUAAAUUAGUAGAAAUUGAGUAAUAAUUUAAUAGUAAAAGUUUCUCUAUGCGCUUCAAUUCGUUCUGCGACACCCAACUCCUAUCAUUUUGUCGUAGUUGAGAUUCGGCCAUAUGCGUAGAUUGGGUUCAUAUCCGGUGAUUAGAUAGGGUGAUGUUUUAAACUAACAAGUUUUUUUUUCCAAAAUAUAUUAGUAUUCAGGCCUUUUGGGUGUUAGCCUGACGGGGUCGAAAGUUCAAUAUUUCGACAAUUUUGCUUAAUGACUAUGUUACUUAAAUGUAACCGAUUACCUGCGGUUGGCUAGAUGAUAGUAUUACAAUGUGUUGUUCGUAGAUGCAAUUUUGCAAUCUCCUAAUAUUCUGUACGUCUGGCCGUCAUGGGAUACUUCCUAUUGGGAUGCAGCUGAUUAGGGGGGCAACGUCAAGUAUUGCUGUAUGUGUUUGUGUGUGUAAAAUGAGGUACGCAUAUCGCACAAGUGAGAAGCGGUGUUAUGUAUCUGAAUUCUGCGCUGUGUUCAUUCGACGCUCUCUCUCUCAUCUCUCUCUCUCUCUCUCGUGUUUAAGAAUUUGGCACGCUUCGUACCAAGAGAGGAUAUGUGUUUGCUGUGAACUUGCGCUGAUGAAAAUCAUACUCGAGUGCAGCGAAGCGUAUGUUUUCCGAAGAAUGUCUGGGACUUGUGCCGCAGAUAUCAAAAUUUGAUUUUUCUGAAAACUAAAAGAUUACCCAAUUAGCCUUUUGGAACUCGGUUGUUUUUCCGCCUGAAAAGUUUAUUUUUGACAACAAAAAAUUUAAGAUAACAGUAAAUCUCGAAGUUUCAUUCAAUUUUAGAACAUUUGGCAUCAUCAUUUUUUUCUUAAAACCCGAAUUCAUGGGCAAUUUUUCAGUUUUCAAAAAAUCUAAAUUUUGACGUCUGCGAAUCUAGUAAAUGAAGUCCGAUCGAGCUAAAAUUUUGCAUAGGGUUUUACUGUGCAAAUCAACAUUUUGUUUGUUUUGUUAAUUUAAAAUAUAUAUAUUCUCUAUACAUAUACAAUCGUAAUAAACUGUGAAACAUAAGCAUCAGAACCAACAAAAUAACAAUGUAACACAUAAUGAAGAAACUAAUAAAAUAAUUUACGUUGCCAAAACUAUAUAUCGGAAAUGGAGGAGAAGAAAAAGCAAACAAAAGACAAUAAGAUAUUUAAAUCAUUGAAGAAAAUGCCUGGCAAUUUUUUUACACCCAGGAUAAUAAAUUUUGAAAUUGGCCAUUUGCUAAGAUAAUCCAGUUAGCCAUCUGGUCUAGCAUUGGGGUCAUAUUUACAGAUGGCGACAUUCGCAAUUAAAAUAAAAUUUUACAUUUUCCGCUAUUCCGGGACAUAGGCUGGUCCUCAUUUUUGGACUCUUUUACCAUGAUCUACUUGACCAUAAACAUAUUUUAUUACUCUAAAAUUCCAAUUCGUUUUCUGAAUCAGUGCAUCUGAGCAUAGAGCAUAUUAUGAGAAGAAGAGUAAAUCAGGAACUGGAAAAACAAGCGCUUUCGAUAGCUCUUGAUGUCGGGCAAUACGAGUCGAGUCGCCCAUGGCAAAACGAAAUUUACGAGCUUGAUUUAUAAUAAAUUGAUCAUCGCAGAACCGAGCAAAAUGAACUAAAACGUGUAAAAUAUUAAAUGAUAAAAAUGCAUACAUUAAAUAAUAUAUAUUAUUAUGAAAAUGAGGAAAACGUACGUGCCUAGCCUAUUUAUGUGAGGAUUAUUAUAGCAAUUUAUUGAAACGUACACCAAUUAAACAAUCCAUCAUGAGAGGUUCCGGGGUUCGGUCGAUUAAAGGGAAGAAAAAAAAUCAUUACACCAAUUUCUGUAUAACGAAUUGAGUGAGGUGUAUUACAACUCAAUCCAUUUCAAUUGACAUGCUGAAGCAGUUAGGUAUGAAAUUUUUCAUUGUUCCCAUUUUUUUUGUGAAGAGAUUGACGAAACCAUUUAUCAAUGUGCAUCUUUGAAGUGAGACGCAUAAAACGUGAAAAAUAGACUAUUGAAUGAGAAAUAUGCAUUAUUUUAGAAAUUUUACUUACAUUUUUCCCAGAAAGAAUUUUAAUAGUACUAUUUCAAAUCAAGUAGAAGUGUUUUAUUACGAUAGAAAUGUAUUCAAACAGCAACUGUUACGAGAUCUUUUCGAAUCUUCCUUCGAUUAGCUAAUUUUUACUUGAUCAAUGGGAACAAACUUUAAGACCGCCAGUAGCUCGAUUUUACCCGAAAAAAGUGUACUCACUUCGUACGAACAUUUUAAUCUAUCGUGCAAUAUAGAUCAAUCGAACAAGCCGAAAGCAAUGUGAGAGACUAAGUAGAAGAACGGCUGAAUAGAUAGAAAUGCACAUGUCCUGGACUAGGAUGUUCAGUUCACUUAAGGAUUGAAGUUCACGAUUUGUCCGUAAAAAACGCCAUUGCGCGAGUUGUUACUACCGAUGAAAUCAGUAGGAUUUGUAUGUCCUCGAAACAAAAGAACAAAAUAGACGAAACAUUAUAGAUUUGUUCAAAAAUUACAUCUCUCCUGAAUCGGAACCAACCUGGAGAUGUUCAUUUAAAUCUAUUCAGCUGUAAUCACUCGUCGCAAUAGUAAUGAUUUUAUAGUUACUUUACAAUAUGUUACCCUCCCUUCCCCUGAUAGAGAAGUUUUACUUGACUUUUACACGAACAUGUUAAAGAAUAAAAAAUGGGGACACGAUAAAAACAAAUUUUAAUACUCAAUCCCACUUAAAUGUUAUUUUAACAGGAAACGGUUAUUUUUAAAUAAAAAAAAUUAUACAUUUUAAUAGGCGUUACUACUAGAAACUUGAAGUUUUGUUGAAUAGGUCGGCGUUUCACUCCUUACGGACGAAAAAAAACAGUAUCAUAAUUACUGGUGACCAACCACACGGAAGAAAUUUUCUUAGGAAAAUUAUUGCGUUUCGGAAUCUUUGAUAAUACAUACGUAUCAGAGAUAUAGAUAAUCUUUCAUCAUACCGAUUCGACCAGAACAGAUUUCAACGUAACGAAUAAUCUUCCUUAUUUUAGUUUUAUGCACAAUAUAAUUCAAUAGACAAGACAAGAUAUACACAUUAUAACGAAGCAAUGUUUUUCAGUGUUACGGUGCAAUAAUUUAUUUUUUAUUUUACAAGAUGAAGCUGUAAGAAAGCGUAUUUUAUUAAGAAUUUCUCUUUUUUUCGUUUGAGGUGCUAAUAUAAUUAAUGAGAUUAUUUUAAUGAGAAAUUUUAUAAUGUUUAACACUCGUUUUAAUUAGAUAAUUUUCACGCAUCAAUAAGAUAAUCGGAUUGUUCGAAAUGCUGAAUUUCAUCUUUGAAAUGAACACUUUAUUAAUCCUAGUAUUUGAAGGUUCUAUGAUUGAACUCUCGAUCAAGCAGUGAGGAUGGAACAGUUUAUAUUUUAUACUUGAAAGCAAUAUAACCAACUUGAAGCUGAUCUUUAGCUUCAAUCAAUGACUGCUAUACUGAAGAAGCAAACUUGUAUGAUUACUAAUGAACGUCAACAGUAUAAUCACGUUUCAUAAUUUUAUCGUAAGUUUAAAUAUGCUUAACGCUGGAGAAAAAAAAUGAGACCGGGUGCACGAGGUGCGACAAAUUCAAGUAGGACCAACCAAUAGACAGGAAUAAGUCGAAGACAUUAAAACUAAAUGUAUAGUACUUAACGAGUGUGUUCCACUGAGAGAGGAAAUGUUUAAACGAAUCGAGUUUCAGCUUCGAUAAUCAAAUGCAAAACAUAUACAAAACUAUUUAUACUCAUUCAUAUAUAAACAGACGAGUUAUUAUCGGAAAACAGGAAUACUCAAUAAAAGCUAAAACGUAACACCGAAGAUACCUUAACAAAGUGACACAAUGAAAGUUGAACUACUCUUCCUCGUUAAGAAUAAAAGAAAAGGCGAGCACGAAUAAGGCAAACGCAAGACCAUUAUCUAACUAUCAUUAAAACUCCAUUUAACCGGAACUCAAAUAUAACAAUAACUUACGAAGAAAAGUAAAAUGUACGACAAUAAUACUUUACAGCAGAACCUACAGAUAACUUUUAUUGGUAUAUACAGAUGAGGAGGGAAAACUUCGAGUUUGUUUUAUCCCAUGCUCUUCUUAAAGGAAAAUUUAAUUAUUCACAAUGGCAAGAACAGGUCAUGCUAAUGAAUUGCCAAUAAAGCAUCAAGUGUAUAUCAAUACGAAGAGCAAAUACCGAAUCGGCAAUCGGCAAAGGGAAGAGUUUGGAAGUUAUAGAUACAGUAAAUUUGGAAAAUUUGAUACCUGAGCCUUCGAUAACUUCUGAAUAAAAACAAUUGAACAUCAGAGCAGUUCCAU